GAGGGUGCGGCUGGGCCCUGGCUGGGUCCUGGGGCGGUGGCGAGGCCCCUGGCCGGGCGAGGUCACCGCAGCCAUGGCAGCUGAACAGCCCGAGCUGCCGCAGUUGGAGGGCCCUGCCUCGGAGUCCGAGGACCCGCCGGCCUGCCGCUUCUUCCUGGAGGGCCGCUGCCGCUUCGGCGCCCGCUGCCGCUUCGGCGCCCGCUGCCGCCAGCCCCACCCUGGGGCGCCGCCGGCGGUGCCCGGCGGCCCGGAGCAGCCUGAGGCGGGUGCCAAGAAGCCUCCGCUGCGCACGGCCGCGGCCGUCAUCCAGCGCAUUCGCUGGGACCCGCGCCUCGACCCCGCCGACUUCUCGGUGGGCUACGUCGACCGCUUCCUGGGCGUACGCGAGGAGCCCUUCAGCGCCUUCUGCUGGGACGAGCCGCUGGCCGCGCUCGGGCCCGGCGUCCUGGCGGUGCCUCAGCACCGCGUGCGCUACUUCCGCUUCCGCGGACGCCUGGUGUGGGACCGCGCCUCGCGCACGGACCUCGUCUUCGGCUCGGGCUCGGCCACAGGCCGGGGGCCCACCAUCCUGGACGCGCUGGGCGCUGGCGAGGACGACGACGCGCCCGCCUAUGAGGAGCCGGACCCUGAUGACGCGCUGAGUGACGAUGCGCAUGCGCCGGAGGCGACCCCGGAACACCCGCAAGACCAGGCUGCCCCUACCGGAGGCCGCGUAGUAAAGUCCUGCGGAACUGGGCUCCGUGAGUCGGGCCCAGAGGCCGUCGACUUGGGCCCGCAGGCCCAUGGAGGGGGCCUCACCGCCGCGACUAGAGGGGCUCUGGAGCACAUGGAGGUGGCCCUGGGGCCGGCACUCCCGGCCCCUGCAGUGACGGACUCCGAGUGGGUUGCGGGGGGCUGGUGCCGAGAAGGGGUGGAGAGCCGUCGCCAGCCCCGGCCCACCCACUUUGUGGCCCUCAUGGUGACUGAGCCUGGACUGCGGGCCGAGGUGCGCAAGGCCCAGGAGAGCCUGGUCCAGGCCGCCCCUGCCUGUGCCGCCUUCCUGGUGCCCUCGCAGGCCCUGCACCUGACCUUGGCGCUUCUGCGACUGGCGGGGCCUGGGGAGGAGGCGGCCGCUGUCCCGGCCCUGAGGCGGGCACUGUCGGCAGGGGGUCUCCAGGCACCCCGCCAACUGCAAUUCAGGGAUCUGGUUCUUGUGGGCCAUCACGUGCUCUGCGCGCCACCAUGCCCCGCACUGACAGACACGGCCCAAGCACUAGGCCACAGACUGGAGGCCGAGGGCCUGAGAGUGAUAUGGCCCCGUGAGGGGCUCCAGCCCCACCUCACGCUGGCCAAAGUGCCCCACGGGUCCCAAACCCGCCUCCCUGAGCCCGUGGCCAGCCUGGACCCCAAGCUGGGGAGCCAGCCCCUGGGGAACCUCUGGCUGUGCCGCCUGGGGAGGGCUGGGGGCGCCUACCAGCCCCUGGCUGAAGUCCCCCUGGACUGACAACCAAGGAGAGGAGAUGCAGGCCAAGCAGAAAGGACAAGUUUUGUUUUUUCUCUCUCUCUCUAAUUUUGGUUUGUCUCAAGCUUCCAAAGUGGUGCUCAGUGCUCCAAGGAAAGAAUGAAGGAAGGGGAGGGGAGAGGCAGGCGGGAGGGGAGGCAGAGGAGGGACGUCUGG